GAGAUUUCGUAUAUGACAUAAUAUCUAUAAUAUCUACUUAAGAAGCUACUUAUUGUUGUUGUGAAUAUUAUUUUACUGGCUGCAACACGUGUAAAUUUCUAAUUAGUUUCGAAAAGUCAAAGCAUUUUUGCGUUUAUUACAAGUUGAACUUACAUUUUGACAAAUUCAUUGUUUGGAUUUUUCUUCUUAUAACUUCAAAGUUGUUAUCAAAGUUUGUUUUUUGGUGUGUUUUUAAGCCAUUUAAUAUCUUUCGAAACGAACUGACCGAACAUGAUGGAUGUUACAAACGACGAAUCACACGAAGAAAAUGUUCAGACUGCCCAAUCCAUCGACACCGUUCUUGAAGAUUUAGCAAAUCACGUGCAACAGACAGACGACGAAGAUGAGGAGUAUGAUGAGGAUGACUUGAAGGAUCCUUCCUGCGAUCCGGAUCGUCCCAUCAAAGUACAGUUCCAGGAAAUCAGUGCUGCUGCCUUCAAGAUUAAGAAUGGCAUUGAACGAACCCCUUGUGAUAGAUCUCGCUUAUCAGAACAGCUUGGAAUGGAGUUGUAUCUAAAAAAAGAUUUCAUGCAAUAUACUGGAAGUUUCAAAGAGAGGGGAGCCCGUUACGCGCUCAUGUGCUUGACGCCGGAGCAGCAAAAAUUGGGAGUGAUAACAGCCAGUGCAGGCAACCAUGCAUUGGGACUGGCUUAUCACGGAUCCAAGUUGAACAUUCCUGUCAUCGUCGUCAUGCCGAAAACUGCUCCUCUGAUGAAACAGGAACUCUGCAAACAGCUGGGCGCCAAUGUUGUUGUGCAUGGUCAGGACUUUGGAGAGAGUAAAAAUUAUGCGAUAUACAUUUCGAAGAAGCAUGGAUUGAUGUACAUCAAUGGAUACGACCAUCCGAACAUCAUCGCAGGCCAGGGAACAAUGGGCAUAGAAAUAGUGGAGCAAGUGCCAGAUGUGGAUGCCGUGGUCGUGCCAGUGGGAGGGGGUGGAUUGAUUGCUGGUGUGGCACUGGCUGUUAAGUCACUCAAGCCCAGUGUCAAAAUUUUUGGUGUAGAAUCUGAAAGAAGUCCUGGAAUGUCGGUGGCAUUGAAGGCAGGCCACCCUACUUACACUAAAGUUCUCCCAACACUAGCCGAUGGUUUAUCAAUACCGGUGGUUGGAGUGAACGCCUUUGAAACAUUGAAACCUCUCAUUGACCGAAUGCUCGUCAUACAAGAAGAAUUCAUCGCGUUAUCCAUCCUGCGAUUGGUUGAGAUGGAGAAGUGUGUGGUUGAAGGAGCUGGUGCAACUGGAUUGGCUGGCAUUUUGUCAGAUUCCAUGCCCGAGUUGAAAGGAAAGAAAGUGGUGUGCGUCGUGUGCGGAGGUAACAUCGACACGACAGUUUUGGGUCGUGUGUUGGAGCGGGGUCUUGCCACAGAUGGUCGUCUGUGCAGAUUUGUAGUGACCGUCAGUGACCGGCCCGGUGGGAUUGCCCAACUGACCAGACUUAUAUCGAGCAUUGGUGUCAGUUUGAAAGACAUUUUCCAUGAACGAGCCUGGCUGAAGUCUGACAUUUAUUCAGUCAAUGUGAAAUGUAUUGUAGAGACGAGGAACCAGGAACAUUGCAUUGAACUGGAGCAACUGCUGAGGCAGAAUUAUGAUUACGUCAAUUUCGGCAACUCUCACUCCGUCUUCUUGUAACUGAUCAAAAGUUGGCUGGCUCGUUCGAAAAACACCUCAUAUGUUUUGAAAUUUAUUUGUUGGAAAAGUUUAUUCGGAAAAAUAUUUCAAACAGCAAGUUUGAUGGAAUAUGUUGAAUAUAUAACUAGUUUCAUUACAAAAAUUUGUUGAGAGCUGUGGAGGUUUCAUUCCUGCUUGCUUCCUAUGUUAACUAUUUUGUAGCUAUUAUUAUCCUUCGUAUAACGUUUGGUUUGUUAUUAAUACUAUUACUUUUAUUAUUUACAAUAUUAUUAUCAUUACUAUUAUGAUGUAUUAUUAUUAAUGAACAAUUUUCAAAUAAUUGUUGACAUUUUUGCAACUGUGUUACAAAUUUAUACAGUUGUUUUGAAGUAUGGAAUUAAAAAUAUGAUCAAAAAAUUUCAUAAAAAGACAAUUAUAAUAAGAUCUUUUUCAACAUUCUUAAAAAUAAAAUAGAU